CAGAGUCACUAAGUUUUCGACGUGUUGAUAGCGAAAUCUGUGAAGAAUUUUUAAAAUUAUUUAAUGAUGGUCAUUCUUUGUCUUCAGCAUUACAUGUUUAUGAAGAUAAUCUUUAUCUUAAUGCUUCGGAUGAACAGGAAUUAUUGGAAACUUUAGCAGAUCGAGCCAAAAAUCUGGGUUAUGAUUAUGUCGCAAAACUUUUCCAAAACUAUUGUGAAGUUUCUCUUAGAGGAAAUAACGGAAAAUUAAUGUUUGAACGAUUAGCAGAAUUGGUUCAAGAUUAUAAUUAUUUGGGACAAGGGAAAGCUGUUUUACAAGAAUAUGAUGCACACGCUGACAAAGCCUUUAUCCUUUGCAUUAUAACAAGUUUAAUGUGCAGAGUUCACGAAAAGGUCUUACAAGCAGGCAAAUUAUGCUAUGUAGAUGCUUUAGCAUCAUUUGAUCCUCUCAAUUCUUUGAUUACAUUACUUUAUACAAGUUGCGUGGUCAGAGCUCUUCCACUUAGCUUGUUUGUUACUUCAGACGAACUUAAAAUCACGUUAGAGAAAGCAAUGAAUCUACUUAAAACAAUUCUUCCACCAUAUGCUUUCUUCAGACGUGGACCUCAGAUUGGACCGAUGGUUUUUUUAACUGACGAUUCAAGUGCAGAGCGGGUUCGCCUUUUGUGUACUUUUCAUUUUCUUCAGGCAUUUUGGAGGAGGUUAUAUGAUUCAAAACAUAAAGUUAAUAAAGAAAACUGGGUGCCUAUAAUGGAAAAAGCAAGGAAAAUUUUGUAUGUAUUAUCAGGUUCAGAAAUGGAAAUACAUUAUGAAGAAUUUAAGCAGAAAUUUUAUAAUCACCCACAACUGCGGAGUCAUUUGAAGCGAAGCUUUGGUAUAAUGAAAGAUAUUAUUUUUGCAAGAACAAAAGCUUACAACCCAAUACAAAUAUUUCAAUUUAUAAUCAUAACUAUGGAAAGGUUUUAUGAAAGGAGAGUGCUUGGAAUUGCACAUAGGCAUGUAGGAUAUUUACGUAUUGCCAAACGAUUCUUGUGUUCUAACUGGAAAAUAAUAAAUAUGGAUGUAAUUCAAAAGACUUGUGUGGAUAAUGAGUUUUUGGUACUGAGUACAAAAGAUGCAAACACUUUUUAUAUCGUAAAUAGUGAGAUUGGAGUAUGUUCUUGUCUUGUUGGAAUGACCAGUGCGCCCUGUAAACAUCAAGGGGCAGUAUCAAUGAAGUAUCAUCUUUCAAAUUUUAAUUUUGUUCCAUCGUUGAUGUCAAAUGAUCGUAUAACCUAUGCAUAUAUAGCAUUCGGUUGUGUUGCCGAAAACAAAUCUUUUUAUGCAUCAUUACAUGCACAACAAUCUAUUAUACAAAGCCAACAUGCUGAAUUGAGCAAUGUUUUAGCUACUGAGGGACCUAGAGAAUCAAAUGAAAUAAAUGAAGAAAUAGAAGAUUUCGACAUUUCUGAGUUUAUUUCGUUUUUAAAUGAAGUUAAAUUGGACUUUCAAAAUGCCGAUCAAGCGUUACGAACUGCGCUAAACAAGUUUAAAGACCGAUAUAAUACUGCAAAAUCAAAGUCAGUACUCUGGUUGUUUUUGUUUCUUUACGAUCUCAAUCGUGACCUAGAUCCGAUGGUUCGUAUCAAAAGUGAUGCACAUAUAAGGGUUCAAGUAGAAUCAAUUAAAAGACGCAAAAUGGAGGGUGAUGGUUCUAAACAAAGGUUACCUGUUCUUAUAAAUGAAGAUAAAGAAAAUUUUGAUUCUCAUGUUAUUCCUGUUCAGAAAAAGAGGAAAACAGCCAAAAAAGAGCAUAAUUUAUGCAAGAAUAUAUUGAGCAAUCGUCCAAAUUGA